AUCCAGCCUGUGCCCUCAGUGGCCCGGGGCAUGGAAGACUCACCCUCACUACCGCUCACUCCGCUCGACCACUCAGCUCCACUUGGGCCCAGGUUAGGGGGCUGCUUCCCCUAAUGGGGCCUGGGGCUAAGCCCAGACUUUACUGCUUGCAGUCCCUGUGGCACUCUGGGGGCCGUGCCCCCUCCCGCCCGCCCCAGGAAGGCAGGGAGCGGGGCUCAUACCCGUCAUUAGGCAGCAGUGUUUGCUCCUCUCACUGCUGCCCCCGCGCUGCCAGGCCGGCCCUGUGGCUAGUGCCAACAGCUUCUUAAUUACCCGCGCCAGGGCCACGGGGUCCAAAACCCAGGGUGCUGGGCCUGGAGCCAGCAGCAAGGUACACCAGGCCUUUCCCCUCCCCGCCCUGCCCUGCACAGCCCAGCCAGUACAAAAGGGUGCGGACUGGACUGAGGAACAAGGCCCCCAAACUGCCUGGCCCCUUUUAAUCAAGGUCUGGUCAUUCUCUGACGUCUCCCCAGUGAACCCACAGUUGGGUUUUCAGGCCAAACUAAGCCUGGAUGCUGAGGCCUCGCCCCCUAGUCCCAAACUCCACCCUUUCCUCCCUGGAGGGCAGCCAAGUCCCAGGGCAGGCCAGACCCCUCCCACCCUGGACCUACAAGACAGCAGCUCCUGAGGCGGCCAGGCAGACUCCGAAGUCCGCGCCCUCCGCAGCGGAACCUGGAGGUCAGCACUGCAGGUAAAAGCAUCCAGGCUGUCCCAGUGGCUGAGAGAGGCACGGCCCGACCCCUGACACGGCGGCAUGGAGAAGAUCCAGGAUGUGACCCGGCCGCCGCUGGAGUACGUGAAGGGGGUCCCCCUGAUCAAGUACUUCGCAGAGGCGCUGGGGCCUCUGCAGAGCCUCCAAGCCAGGCCCGAUGACCUGCUCAUCAGCACCUACCCCAAAUCUGGCACCACCUGGGUGAGCGAGAUUCUGGACAUGAUCUACCAGGGUGGCGAUCUGGAGAAGUGCCGCCGGGCCCCCAUCUUCAUCCGGGUGCCUUUCCUCGAGUUCAAGGGGCCAGGGGUCCCCUCAGGGAUGGACACGCUCAAAGACACACCAGCCCCGCGGCUCCUCAAGACGCACUUGCCCCUUAGCCUGCUCCCCCAGACCUUGCUGGACCAGAAGGUCAAGACCGUCUAUGUUGCCCGCAAUGCAAAGGACGUGGCCGUCUCCUAUUACCACUUCUACCGCAUGGCCAAGGUGCACCCAGACCCCGGCACCUGGGACAGCUUCCUGGAGAAGUUCAUGGCUGGGGAAGUGUCCUACGGGUCCUGGUACCAGCACGUGAAGGAGUGGAAGGAGCUGAGCCAAACCCACCCGAUUCUCUAUCUCUUCUAUGAGGACAUGAAGGAGAAUCCCAAAAGGGAGAUUCAGAAGAUCCUCGAGUUCCUGGGGCGCUCCCUGCCGGAAAAGACUGUGGAUUACAUCGUCGAGCAGACGUCCUUCAAGGAGAUGAAGAAGAACUCCAUGAGCAACUACAUCACCAUCCCCACCGAACUCAUGGACCACAGCAUCUCCCCCUUCAUGCGGAAAGGCAUUGCAGGGGACUGGAAAAACACCUUCACCGUGGCCCAGAACGAGCGCUUCGACGCCGACUAUGCUGAGAAAAUGGCCGGCUGUGGCCUUCACUUCCGCACGGAGCUCUGAGGGAGCCAGGCGGGGAGAGCCUGGGCGGGGUGCGGGGCAAGCCCAGUCCCUGCCAGAAUAAAGCACGGCUGUGCCAAGCGGAGCCCUGGCUGGAAGCAAAGAGAUUGUGGAGCCCACUGGGAGCGCCCCAGAAUUCUGGU